AGAGGCUAAAGUGCAGGGGAAAAAAAACCUCUAGAAAACAGGAGGUGAAAUUUCGUCCCCACAUCCCGCCCUAUACAUUUCUACCCCGUGCUAUUUAUUCCAUAUUCACGCUCCAGCUUAGAUUCUACGCCUACUGAUAUCUGCUACACCAUGGAUAACCGCUCCACACACUCGCAGGAAGACUCUGGUGCGCCUACGGUCCCAGAGUACAACCGCGAUGAGGCAACCCAUGUCGAAGAAAAGAUCGAACAGCUUACGCUCGAUGAAAACUCACCUGACCUGAAGAUCCCGCCGGGAUAUAGCGCUAACGAGUAUUGGGAUGUGCUUCCAUCAUUCCAGAUGUACCAGUCGAUCCUUCGCAGACAUCUCCAGAACAUCAACCACGACGUCAACGACGAACUCGACAGUAACCACAGCUCGGUCCAGGACCCAGAUGAGCAGGAUAACCACUCGAUCACCGACGCCCCGCCAGACUAUCCCGUGGUCGGGCCGCCUUCCGCGCCAAUGUUGGGCCCUACGGUGGGCAGUUCCAAUGCCCGAAUCACCACGACUGACAUCCACAACCAGCCCUUUUCGCCCCAACUCACCCCAACCACCUCCAGAGCCCACGUUCUGGCCCUUGGUGGCCUCUCAGACCCCACAACCCCAGCAGCCGACCCCAACACCCAAUCUACGUUUGACUCUGUCAUCGACAGCGUAGACUCCUUGAAACGUGUCACCUUUUCACCCAUCGACGUGCAAAUCUUUGUGACGAAGCAGAUCCCCAAGCCGCAAACCGCAAGCCCCAGCGCGGGUAACGAUCCGAACCUCGAGAACAAGCUCAAGGAGUACACCAAUGCAGAUUUUGUCUACGGCUACAUCAUCAUCCACAACACAUCCACGAAGCCGAUUCCGUUUGAGAUGUUCACUGUGAGCCUCGAGGGCACGGAGGUGAUUACCUCGCUGAGCAGACCGGUCAAGUUUGUCAAGAAGUUUUUGAGAAUGUUCGACUUGAGCGCGUGCUGGUCGUACGACACGAUCAUCAACUCGCUUGGGAUCGAGUAUGAGCACUUUUCCAAGGACUCCACUGAUCACUCAAUCUACCUCGGACUUCCGGACAACCGUAUCUUAAAGCCUAACACCAAGUACAAGAAGUUUUUCACCUUCAAGUUUCCCCAGAGCUUGCUCGACAACACGUGUCCGCAUAUUGAUCAGCUCCAGCACUACUACCUCCCUCCAUCCUUGGGCUUGGAUAAGUCCUUGGUAGCCCAGGCAAACAAGGACCUUGAUGUCAGCGGGUUAGUGCUCAACAAGGCCUUGGGCUACGCGUACCUCGACAAGCGAGGCAGUCCGCUCUUGACCCGUGAUUACGCCUUAUCCUCCUCCUCCAUCCAGUACACCAUCGAGGCACGCUUCAUUGGGAAAAAGAACGACGGCAAGCUCAAUAUCGAGGACAUGCUCAACUACAAGGACAUGCACCGCCACUUCAUCAUCUCCGCUGCCACCAACUACCACCUCCGCUUUAUCCCCAACAUGGCCUACCAGAGCUCCCAGACCAAUCUCGAUUACGAAGAAUACUUGACCAACCUCAUCAAGAUCGAGUCCAAUUCGAAGAAGCAGUUGAAAAACUUGCAGAUUUCUAUCGAAAGGUUGCUCGGGAAGCUAGAGCACGAGAAGAAGAAGAUGGAGAGGCUGAGGCUCAGGGACGGUAAGGACGAGCCACACGUUUUGGACGGUUUAAAAGCCUCGCAGAUGUACAGCACCCCCUCCGGGUCCAACAUCUUCACCAUCGAGACGCCAGGCAGCUCGCGGGUCAUGUCGCCGGAGUUGUCCGCCUACAGCUCGCGUAACUUGAACCUCUACGAGGAGGAGUUUGAGGACUACUAUUCCGCGUACUUGGACGACGACUCGUUGAUCACGUCGCUUGCCACGUUUGAGAUGAAAAAGUUCCUCAGCAGCAAGAAGGGCUUGAUCAAGCUCACGUUUAAUAAAAUGGCAGGUGAGUAUAAUAAGAAGCACUAUACGGACAAGAUUCCGCCCGUGCCCUACAUGGUGGCCCCGCUCAUCUCCAAAAACAAUGUGUCUUCGGAAAUCCACAAGCGUUUUAAGGAAAAACUACGGUUGUUCAGUGACUACAAAUUCCUGAUUGAUUUGGAGUUCCAGCCAACGAGCGGUGCUGGCAGUUCUCUGGGAACCUCCACACCGACGUCGUCCAAUGAGAAGCCCCCACGGUUGGUCAGCUUCCAGGUGUCUUUGUUGGCAAUCACCGUGAAGUCUGAGAGACCAAUCCCGGUCAAGCUCAGCCCCGACUUCUUCCUCCCAGACAUCCACGUGAACGCUUCCAACGGCGCCUCCACGCCGCCUAUCGAGGUUAAUGACUUCAACAAAAAGUUGAAGGUUCGGUUUGCCGAGUAUAAGGAAAAGUUGACCGCGUACCAGGCGGUCGAGGGCUUGGACACUGCGUCGCACAUCCCAAAGACCUUGCUCGAGGAUGUGGACUCAAUUAUUGACUUGACCCACGCGGUGGACGAGAUUCCGAUCUUUGGGAUCAAUAACUACUCCUCUGGAAAGUGGGAAAGACACGUUUCCGGGGCGAUUAUCUCAUUACCAGCACAAAGCGGCCUAACGCACUCCAUCAGUGCCUGUCUCGACGACUCCAUGACCAAAAAAACGUGGCGUCGCAAGGUCCAGUUCACCCUUGACUUGGUCAGCUCCGUCAAGGAUUCUAUUGUGCCGUCGUUCCAGUCGUGUUUGAUAUCGCGGUUGUACUGCGUACGGGUCAAGGCCGUGUUUGACGGGAAUAAUCUGUCCUACAUCGACAUCCCGGUUGAUGUGUUGUAGUCACCAGGGUAGCACCGGGUCAGCAGUCCAUGCUUGUUUUGGGGUUGUUAGAAGUUAUGUUAACCAAAGUUUACAGAUUUUAGUUGAAGGUUCAUUGUAUAUGUUAGAUUAUAGCUACCUCCAAAUUGCGCAAACUCGAGAAGUGUGC